AUGAUAUAUGGUCACUUGCCAGAAGAUCCUCAAUGGCAAUUGCUCGAACAUCCAUUAACAAUGAAACAAUAUUUCAUGCUACCUCAUAUACACGAAACAUUUUUUGAACUCAAUUUAAAUAUUGUAUCACCCGUCUAUACGCACAAAAUUACUCUUGAGCCAGGACAAUCAUAUGGGGAAGUACUUAUUGCAACAUCGACUGAUGGUGUUGAACUAUCUGGAUCGUUACGUGAUAAAUCGGAUACGAAAAUUGAAGGUGGUGAUUUCGUGUACUUUGAUCAUGAUCAAAAUUUGUGGCGAUGUCGUUUUGCUCCACAAAAAGUCGGUAAUCACCCAAUUUUAAUAUUUGGUGGUAAGAAAAGUAAGGCAAACAAAUCGACUUUGAGUUGUGCUGUCGAAUUCAACUUUGAUAUUGAUCACCUUUCUACAGCAACCAUUUCAUAUCCUAUCACAUCGUCACAUUUUUUCAGUUAUCAUCUUCAAAUUGUCAAGCCAAUCAAUACUUGUUAUAUUGAUUGGUCAUCAGACAAGAACUUUCCCUACUGUAAAAUUCUAGUUCGUUCUCCUAAUGAUGUUCAUCUUUCCGCAACGGUGGCAGAUAGUAUCACUGGUAUGAAUAUAGAAAAUGGAACAUUGGUCAAUUUUAAUAGCCAAGAAUCACUCUGGCAAUACCUUUUUGCUCCAGCUGCUAGUGAUGCGUCAUAUAAAUUAACAUUAUUUGCGCGAUAUGUCAACGAAAAUCAAUCCCAUUGUUUUGCGCAAUUCUAUUUGCAACGAAUUGAUAAAUCCAUGCUUCAAAAUUACAGUCUUCUUCCGUUUACCUACGGAUCUUUUCACGAGGCAAAAUGUCAUUUGUAUGAACCACUCGAUGGAAUACUAAAACGUGGAUCAAAAAUACGAUUUCACUGUCGAAUUCCUGAUGCUCAUGAGAUGAAUAUUACAGUCGAUGGGCAAUGA